CAGCUAUAGCGGCGGAGGAGGAAGAGGAGGAGGAGGGAGAGGAAGGGGAAUAGCGCAGCUGCAGCUGCAGUGGCCGAGAGCAGCCCCAGAGCAGCCAGUCUCCAUCUCUCACUGCAGGGUCGGGAUGCUGCCUCCUUUGGUGCCGUUGGUGCUGUUCUCCUGGACUGUUGGAGCCCUGGAGGUGUCUACUGAUGGAAAUGCUGGACUCUUGGCUGAACCCCAGAUUGCCAUGAUCUGUGGCAAACUCAAUAUGCAUAUGAAUGUGCAGAAUGGGAAAUGGGAGACUGACCCAUCGGGAACAAAAACUUGCAUUGGAGCAAAAGAGGGGAUUUUGCAGUACUGCCAGGAGGUCUAUCCGGAACUACAGAUUACCAAUGUUGUGGAAGCUAACCAACCAGUGACAAUUCAGAACUGGUGUAAGAGAGGCCGAAAGCAGUGCAAGAGUUCUCCCCAUAUUGUCAUUCCUUAUCGAUGCUUAGUUGGUGAAUUUGUGAGUGAUGCUCUUUUAGUGCCAGACAAGUGCAAAUUCUUGCACCAAGAAAGGAUGGAUAUAUGUGAAACUCAUCUCCACUGGCAUACUGUUGCAAAAGAGACUUGUAGUGAAAAGAGCAUGAAUCUGCAUAACUAUGGUAUGUUGCUGCCUUGUGGAAUUGACAAGUUCCGUGGUGUAGAGUUUGUUUGUUGCCCACUAGCUGAUGAAAAUGACAACGUGGAUUCUGCAGAUGCAGAAGAUGAUGAUUCAGAAGUCUGGUGGGGAGGUGCAGAUGCAGAUUAUGCAGAUGGAAGUGAUGACAAAGUAAUAGAAGUUGCAGAAGAGGAGGAAGUAGUUGAUGUAGAAGAUGAAGAUAACAAUGAUGAUGAUGGUGAUGGAGAUGAAGUAGAAGAGACUGAGGAACAAUAUGAAGAGGCUACAGAAAGAACCACUAGUGUUGCCAGUACCACCACUACCACUACCACUACUGAAUCUGUAGAAGAGGUUGUUAGAGAGGUGUGCUCUGAACAAGCUGAGACUGGUCCUUGUCAAGCAAUGAUCUCCCGUUGGUACUUUGAUGUGACUGAAAGGAAGUGCGCACCGUUUUUUUACGGCGGAUGUGGUGGAAACCGAAACAACUUUGGCACUGAGGAAUACUGCAUGGCAGUCUGUGGCAACAUCAUCCCCACUACAGCAGCCAGCACCCCUGAUGCUGUUGACAAAUAUCUAGAGACACCUGGUGAUGAGAAUGAACACGCCCAUUUCCAGAAAGCCAAGGAGAGACUUGAAGCCAAGCACCGUGAAAGAAUGUCUCAGGUUAUGAGAGAAUGGGAAGAGGCAGAACAUCAAGCAAAGAACUUGCCCAAAGCUGAUAAGAAAGCGGUUAUUCAGCAUUUCCAGGAAAAAGUGGAAUCAUUAGAACAAGAAGCUGCGAACGAGAGGCAACAAUUGGUAGAGACACACAUGGCCAGAGUCGAAGCUAUGCUUAAUGACCGCCGUCGUAUGGCUCUGGAGAACUACAUCACAGCCCUCCAGGCGGUUCCUCCACGGCCACGUCAUGUAUUCAACAUGCUGAAGAAAUAUGUACGUGCUGAACAGAAAGAUAGGCAACAUACCUUAAAGCAUUUUGAACAUGUUCGUAUGGUGGAUCCAAAGAAAGCUGCCCAAAUCAGAUCUCAGGUCAUGACACACUUGCGUGUGAUUUAUGAGAGGAUGAACCAGUCUCUCUCUCUGCUCUACAAUGUGCCAGCAGUAGCUGAAGAAAUUCAGGAUGAAGUUGAUGAGCUGCUUCAGAAAGAGCAAAACUACUCAGAUGAUGUUUUGGCCAACAUGAUCAGUGAACCCAGGAUCAGUUAUGGAAAUGAUGCCCUCAUGCCAUCGCUGAGUGAAACUAAAACCACAGUAGAACUCCUUCCAGUUGAUGGAGAAUUCAGCCUAGAUGACCUGCAGCCAUGGCAUCCUUUUGGUGUUGAUUCUGUUCCAGCUAACACAGAAAAUGAAGUUGAACCUGUUGAUGCCCGCCCUGCUGCUGAUCGAGGACUAACAACUCGACCAGGUUCUGGACUAACAAACAUAAAAACAGAGGAAAUCUCAGAAGUGAAGAUGGAUGCAGAGUUCCGACAUGAUUCAGGAUAUGAAGUGCAUCAUCAAAAAUUGGUAUUCUUUGCUGAAGAUAUGAGUUCAAACAAAGGUGCAAUCAUUGGACUCAUGGUGGGUGGCAUUGUCAUAGCAACGGUUAUUGUCUUCACCUUGGUAAUGCUGAGGAAGAAACAGUACACAUCUAUCCACCAUGGUGUAGUAGAGAUUGAUGCUGCAGUUACCCCCGAGGAGCGUCACCUUUCCAAGAUGCAGCAAAAUGGCUACGAAAAUCCAACUUACAAGUUCUUUGAACAGAUGCAGAACUAGACCAAUAUUAUGUUGGACAGCAACAUGAUUGCUUCUCUGCCCAUCAGUGUUCAUUUAUAGAAUAUUGUGGAAAGGAAAAAAAAAAACCUCCCAGUUUUAUUAUUUCCUCAUUAUACUCUUCUGACAGCUGUGCUGUAACAUAAUUAGAUGCCUGAAUAUGAAUUAAUGCAAAUCAAUAACAUUCUCUUUAUUUACAUUGCAGCCUUUACACUACAUUAUUAAUGAAUGGUUUUGUGUGCUAUAAAGAUUUUAGGUGUACUUAACUAAUGCAUGAGUAGAUUCUCUACCUAAUUAUUUAUUAUGUAGCUCUGUAGCCAGUUGCAUAUUAUUCUUGUGCUUUGUGACAAAAUAUUAAGUCCUGAAUGAAAUAUGCUUUAAGAUUCAAGGGGGGGAUGCUUUUUAUUUAUGUGGAACUUUAGCUGCUUUUGUUUGCUGGGGUUUUUUUUUCCUUAUCACUAUGCAUUUAAAAGCAAAACUAUACUUUUUUUAAAACUAUUCCAAAUGAGUUAGUCUUUUUUUCCUUCCAUAGUUGCAUUUUGUUGUACAGAUUAUUGCCUCUGCUAUAUUAGUGAUAUAGAAUUCAUGAGAAUACAUAUUUGUUUUUGUGCCUGUUUUAUGUGCACAUUUUAGACAUUAAAAGUUGAAGCUCUUCUCCUUUCCUACACCUUGCCCCCAUAUUUCAUUUGCUCUUAAAAGAAAAAAAAAAAAGAAAUCUCUGUUGAUUUUGAGCACUUUCUUAUUGGGGGUUGGGAAUCUGAGGGGAAAUAGCCUGCUGUUCUCAAAUUAUCAGGAAUUAUCCAAAAAUUUCUGCAAGAUGAUUGUACAGAAUCAUUGCUUAUGAAUCAAUUGCUUUAUACACAGUGUUACAUAAAUAAAUUGAAUAAAAUAACA